UCCUUAUGACAGAAAUGAAGGCGAGCUGCAAAAUGGUAACCUGAGAUUUAAAUAUAAAACAACAUGAAAAUACCAAAAAGAAAACUUUUUCUUCUUAUCAUUUUUGCUUAUGUAGCAUUUUCACUUUAUGCUGCAUACAACGUGUUCUUUAGUACCAAAGCAAUAUCCCGUGUUCACCGAGUGGUAAACAAAGACAACGCACCGCUCGAUGGCGUUAGAGAUGGGGGAGCGGCCCCGGUCAUUGCGGAUGAGUGGAAUCCGUGGGAGAAUGAACAGGUGGACUACAACUCAGCUCUGAACAAAAAGAGAGAGGCCUUCAAACAAUAUCUGGACAAAAACAAGAUCAACAAAAAUAAACCUAAGAGACACAAGGUGCAAAUCUGGGGGAAAGCUGCUAUAGGACUUUACCUUUGGGAGCAUAUUUUAGAAGGACCGCUCAACCCUACAGACAAAAUAGCUCAAUGGAGAGAAGGGGAACUGCAGUGUGGAAAAGUGGAUUACAGUUUCUACACUGGACCUGCUGUAGUCCAGGGUCACGUCCCGUUGGAUAUGAACAGCGUGGUUUUGGUUCUGAACGGCCGUGAACAACAAAAAGUCUCGUACUCCACACGGUGGUUAGAGCACGUCCAGGCUCUGGUCCACUCCCGCACUGUGUCUCAUGCAGCUGUGGUCCUGCUGGGGAACGAGCAGUGCAACAAUGACUGGAUAGCCCCGUAUUUGAAGAGAAAUGGAGGCUUCAUCGAUCUCCUGUUUGUGGUGUAUGACAGCCCCUGGGUGAACGACAAGGACGUCUUCCAGUGGCCCCUUGGUGUUGCAACAUACAGGCAAUUUCCUUUGGUUAGACCGAACGCCCAGCUGAUCACUUCAAACAGACCGUACAGCUGCAAUUUCUUAGGAACUGUUUACAAAAAUUCCUCCAGAGAAACCCUUCUGCAGGUUCUGUCUGAGUCUGGCUUGGACAAAGAAUGCAUUACCUCUGCCCGUGAAAAGUGGCUCCCUCAGGAAACUUCAGACAGUCUGCGGCGGUACCAGACGGCGCUUGCCCAAAGUGAGCUCACCCUCUGCCCGGUAGGAUUCAAUACUGAGUGCUACCGUAUCUACGAGGCCUGCUCUUACGGCUCGGUGCCAGUGGUAGAAGACGUCCAGACCCCAGGGACAUGUGCGGCCGGGUCCACCUCUCCCCUGCGUCUCCUCAAAGCUGCCGGGGCUCCAUUUAUAUUCAUCAGCGACUGGAAGGAGCUGCCCGCCAUCUUGGAACGGGAGAGAGGGAUGAGUCAGGAGCAGAAGGUGGAUCGCAGGAGGAGGCUGCUGGAGUGGUACGCCAGCUUUCGUCAGCAGAUGAAAGAAAGGUUCACGGAGGUCAUAGAGGACACUUUCUUUAAAAACGCCUGACGUCUUUAGUUUUCAGUAUUAUUAUAGAGUCUUAAAGGUGAUUUCUGUAAGUUUUCUUGGUGGAGGGUCUGUUGGUUUGUCUGGAAUGUUUCACAGUAUGGCAUUAAACCUUUCUAUCUUCGUGGAGACCAAACCAGACCAAGUUACAGGUCAGAUCAGUCAGAAUGCCUGUUUUUCUAGUUUUUUGUUUUUUUGUUGUUGUUUUUUUAAUGUAAGAUAGAGCUGUUUAAUGCCAUACUGUGGAACUUUGCAGGCAGAUCAAUCACAUCUCCACAGAAACAAGGAGGUGACAGACCCCCAACCAAAAAGUUACACGAUGUACUUUUAAUCUGUGCUAAGUGGAGAUCUGUGACUAUUUUUUUGGUCUUAGUAGUGUGAUGUAUUUUUUAUGAAAUUACAGUUUUAUGUUGUAAAGGUGAUAUUUGGCCUUAGUUUCUGGACUUAAUCAGUUGUUUAGCAGAUGUUUUAUAGAGUGUACUGUUUACAGUGGUGGAAUGUUAAGUUAAACUGCCUUUGCAUUAUUCUGAUUAAUUAACUGCAGCAUAGUUCAAUGAUAAAGAAAUGAUCAAUUACAUGCACCACCAGUCAAAAGUUUGGACUCGCCUUCUCAUUCAGUGUUUAUUUUCUAUUAGGGAUGUAACAGUAACCGUAUAAUAAGAGUAACCGUGAUAUUGUAUCGUCAAAGUUCCCACAAUAAUAUCAUGGACCAUCACAAUAUAUUAAAUUACAAGUCUGUUUGCUUAAAUGAAGAGUUAUGGUGCAACAAUAGCAGCAAAGACAGAGGGAACUACAAAGACCAAGGGUGUCAAACAUUUUAAAUAAGUAAUGUCUUUGUAGUCUAUCUGUAGCUGGCGGGCAGCUCUAAUACAUAUUUGAUAUGAUCUCGCUAGCCAAAUAUAAUUAUAUCGCCGGCCAAAUUUGGCCCCCGGGCCUGAGUUUGACAUGUCUGACAUAGACCAUGAUCUUUUGCUUCAUUUCAGUGUAGAUUAUAAGAAGAAAUAACAGUUCUAAGCACUGUUAAGUCUUAGUUCUUUGGAUUAUGUUUUGUCAAGGCAUUUUAAGAGGAAAAAGUAGAAUAUUAACAGUUUUGUUCAUAGUCUCCACAAAAUAUCACAAUAAAUAUCGUACCAUGAGAUGUAUAUUGUGAAAAUAUCGUACCGAGAGAUUUGGAUUUUGUUCUUAUUUUGUUAUUUAUUUAUUGUACAAUGAGGUUCAUACCUUGACAAUAUCGUAUCGUGAGACUUGGAUAUCGUUACACCCCUAUUUUCUAUGUUUACUACUUUUGACAUUUUAUAUACAAACAAAAAACAUCAAAUGUAGGUAAUGAUGUAGCAAAGAAAUACAAAGUUUAAAAAAAAAAAAUCCUCAAAUUAGCCACUUUAUCAAAGAUGAGAAGGUGAGUCCAAACUUUUGACUUUUUUGGUAUUGUACAUUAGAGAAUUAUUGUGGCUCUGCGUUUAAAAAACAUUAUUUAUGUGUUAUAUAUUUGUGGUUUCAUGCCAUAAAGAACCAUUUACAUAUUCUACAUUUAUUAUAACCACUGGAGUCUGGGCUUAUUUUAGUAUGUCAGAAAACUUUCAAUGUUCUGUAUUUUGGUAUUUUUCUAAACCAAGUUGGAUAUGAAAAAGUGUACUGGAUCCUCUGAGUGUAAAACUUGGUGAGGUGUUUCUCCCUUUUCAGGUAUAAUACAACCAGAUCUACA